AUGUGCAACAUAAUUCUGACAGCAGGUCUCUGCCUGGUUAUCGCCAGCUUGGGCUCUUCUGAAAGGCUGGUGUGUUACUUUAACAGCUUGGCCGAAGAUAGAGCAGACGCCGGGAAGUUCACGAUUGAGGAUAUCGAUCCGAACAAAUGUACCCAUCUGAUCUACGCCUUCUCUGACAUCAAUGAUUUCAAUGAACUGGUACCGACUAGAAGAGCAGACAUAUUCCGCUAUCAGUUGUUUAAUGGGCUCAAAACCAGAAAUCCUUCACUCAAAACCCUGUUGGCUGUUGGUGGUCCAACCUUUAACAAAAUAAAAUUCACUACGAUGGUGUCAACCACACAAAAAAGAACAACAUUUAUCCAGUCUGCUGUCCUACUACUGAGAGUAUUUCAGUUUGAUGGGUUAAACCUGGACUGGAUGUACCCUGUGGGAGCAGGAGGCGACCCAGACAACAAACAGAAAUUUACACUGCUGUGCAAGGAGCUCAAUGCUGCCUUUGAGACUGAAGGGAAGAAACAUAACCGUGACCGAUUAAUCCUCACAGCAAGUGUCUCUGCUGAGAGAGAGGUUAUUGAUGCCAGUUAUGAAGUCAAAAAGAUUACCAAGGACCUGGACUUCCUCAAUGUGCUGACGUAUGACUUUCAUGGCCCCUGGGAAAAUGUCACAGGACAUCACAGUCCCUUAUUCGGGGGAUCCCACGAUACUGGAGACAAAAUCUACUAUAAUACUGACUCUGCCAUGCAGUAUUGGGUGGACAAGGGAGCACCUGCACAAUUGCUAAAUUUGGGACUAGCUGCAUAUGGGCGAGCUUUUUCCCUCUCCUCUGCAUCCAGUGAUGUUGGAGCUCCAGCCAACGGCACUGGUGAAGAAGGCUGCUACACUGGUGAAGAAGGAUUCUGGGCCUAUUAUGAGACUUGCCUUUAUACUGAAGGGGCUACAGUCCAACGGAUUGCUAAUCAGAAAGUUCCAUAUGCCAUCACAGAAAACCAGUGGGUUGGAUUUGAUGACACACGCAGCAUUAGUACGAAGGUCAGUUACUUAAAAGCAAACCAAUUUGGAGGAGCCUUUGUUUGGUCUCUGGACCUGGAUGACUUCAGUGGAAAUUUCUGUAAACAGGGCAAAAGUCCCUUCAUCAGCCACCUGAAUUCUCUACUGGUUCAAAUAAUAAAAAUGUUCUUCAACUUCCACAACCACAGCCUCAACUACAACAACAACUAUUCCAACUACCAUGAAAACAACUCCCCCUACGACAACAAGUACUCUGACUACCACGAACACAACCACAACAACCACUCCCACUACCACAACUACUCCCACUACCUUAACAACUACUCCAACUAUCAAAACCACAACUCCCACUGCAACUACCUCAACCCCCACAGCUCAAACUACUACACCCACAACUACCACACCAACAGCUCAAAUCACAACUCCCACUGCAACUACCACAACAACUAA